AUGGCCGAGAUCGUGAUUAUAUUCGAUUUCGAUCGGACUUUGAUCGACGGAGACAGUGACAAUUGGGUCGUCACUGAGAUGGGACUCACAGAGAUCUUCCAUCAACUCCGAUUCACUUUACCAUGGAAUCGCCUUAUGGAUAGGAUGAUGAUGGAGCUACAUUCACAAGGGAGAUCCAUUCAUGACAUUGAAGCUUGCUUGCAAAAUAUGCCAGUUGAUUCUCACAUUAUUCAUGCUAUCAAAUCAGCCAAAUCUUUAGGAUGUGAUUUGAAGAUUGUGAGUGAUGCAAAUCAGUUUUUCAUUGACAAGAUACUAGAGCAACAUGGUUUGUUGGAUUGCUUUUCUGAGAUUUACACAAAUCCAACCUCUGUUGAUGGAAAUGGGAACCUGCAGAUCUUCCCGUACCAUGGUGAUGCAUUGCUUCCGCAUAGCUGCAAUCUCUGCCCUUCAAAUCUAUGCAAGGGUCUAGUAAUGGAUCAUAUACGUGGUUCUUCUCCAAGCGAUCAAAUUCCAAGAAGGUUUAUCUACCUAGGAGAUGGAGGAGGUGACUUCUGCCCGACAUUGAAGCUGAAAGAGUGUGAUUGUGUAAUGCCGAGAACUAAUUAUCCGCUAUGGAAGCGGAUUUCAGACAAUUCCUUACUGAUCAAAGCAGAAGUGAAGGAAUGGAGCAAUGCAGAGGAACUAGAGAGAAUCCUUACGCAACUUCCCGCCAUGAUUGCUGUCCUUAAAGCUCGCGAGAGGCUUUUCUCUCCUCUCUUUAGUUCAUCUAUCCGCCGUUGUAUCUCCUAUUCUCACGAAGAUGAGAGAGACUCUAAAGUCUUUAUACACCCGAGUGCUGUCGUCCACCCAAGCGCUGUGAUUGGGAAGGGAGUUUCAGUUGGUCCAUAUUGUACAGUCGGCUCUUCGGUGAAGCUAGGCAAUGGCUGCAAACUCUAUCCUUCUAGCCAUAUCUUUGGAAACACAGAGUUGGGGGAAUCUUGUGUUCUCAUGACUGGCGCUGUUGUUGGUGAUGAGCUUCCUGGUUAUACACUCAUAGGAGGCAAUAACAUUAUCGGUCACCACGCCGUGGUUGGUGUUAAAUGUCAAGACUUGAAGUACAAGCAUGGGGAUGAAUGUUUUCUUUGCAUCGGCAACAACAAUGAAAUUAGGGAGUUCUGUUCAAUUCACAGGUCAUCAAAGUCUAGUGAUAAAACGGUGAUUGGUGACAACAAUCUAAUCAUGGGCUCUUGUCAUAUCGCCCAUGAUUGCAAGAUCGGUGAUCACAACAUAUUAGCCAACAAUACGCUUCUUGCGGGCCAUGUGAUUGUAGAAGACUAUACACACACAGCAGGAGCCACGGUCAUUCACCAGUUCUGUCAUAUUGGCUCUUUCACUUUCAUUGGCGGUGGUUCUGUGGUUUCACAAGAUGUUCCAAAGUACAUGAUGGUGACUGGAGAAAGAGCAGAACUUCGCGGUUUGAAUCUGGAGGGACUUAAACGAAAUGGAUUUACCAUGUCAGAGAUGAAGAGCCUGAGAGCAGCAUAUCGUAAGAUAUUCAUGUCUACUGAAACAGUCCCCCUAAGUCUUGAAGAGCGUCUCACGAAGAUGGAACAGAACCAAGAGCUGUACAGUGUUCCUGCAGUUGGUGCCAUGUUGCAGUCAAUCCGAGAUUCUUUCGCAGAAGGUCGUCGUGGGAUAUGCAAAUUCAGACAGUGGCUCGAUUCUUGA